AUGGCUGAGCACAGUGCAGCACCGGCGCAGCCCUCUUCUAGUUCCAUCCCACGGUAUUUCCGCAACGACGCUGAGCCCUCACGGAGGGACCCACACAAGCAGUUGAUGGCAUCCCUCAACCGUCUCAUUACGGAUUACCCUCCUCACCUUAUCCCUCCCGGUGGCGGCUUGUACUAUGGACCAAUUUCGGUGGCCUACCUCUUCCACGCGCUGCACAAACUCUACCCAGACCUGACCCUGGACGGGUAUCCGAUGAACACAUGGUCUGCAGCCUAUAUAGAGCAAGCGCAGUCACACAUCAAGGAGUUCAAAGGCCCAUCGCCAAGCAGGUGCGGAGUGAGCGACGACAUAAUGAGCCUUCUUGCCUUGUACGCCGUUACAGCGAAGGAUACAGAUACCGUAAAAGAGCUUUGUGAUUUUGCCACUGUCACCAUUGAAGAGGAUGCUUCCAAUGAGUGGCUUUAUGGCCGAGCCGGCUACCUCUAUCUCCUGCGACUAGUCCGUGGAGCCUUCGCUGAUGACAAGAAAACUCUGGAGCUCAUUGAAGACACGGCUGAUGAGGUCAUCGGAAACAUUAUGGAUAGCCCACGACCGUGGAAGUGGAAGGGGAAGGCAUAUGUUGGUUCUGUUCAUGGUGCCAUUGGGAUAAUCACACAGAUAGUCCUCACUGAUCCGAGCUGCGCCCCUAAACUUGAAGCGGAGCUGGCUGCUAUUCUCAGCUACCAGUACGACAGUGGAAACUUCCCAUCCUCGCUUCCACCAGGACGCGAUCGCCUUGUGCAAUUCUGCCAUGGAGCACCGGGGGUCGUUGCCUCGCUGAUCUCCAUCCAACAAUACUUUCCGCAGCUGCAGGACAGAAUCAGUCGCAUAGUAGAGAAAGGCAGAGAGUGUAUCAAAGAACGAGGCCUGUUGACCAAGGAGCCCUGCCUUUGCCAUGGAAUUACUGGAAAUGCUCUUGCCCUCGAGGACAAGGACUUUGAACAUUUCUUAACCUAUACCACCGGUCACGAGAUUAGAUCCAUGGAGAAAGAUGGGAUGCUCGUGAAGUCGGACGACCCAUCGUCACUGUGGUGCGGCGAAGCUGGACGCGCCUGGGCCUGGGCAAUUGCUGAUAAAGGUCUGGAGAAAAGGUUCCUCGGUUACAACGAUAUCUGA